GGUUGGCAGUACGCGAAUGUCCCUACGUCAACCAAUGAGCCAUCGGAAGAAAUUGAGAGCAUUUACCUUCAGCUGUGAAUUUGUUCCCCUUUUAUGUGACAUGGCGUCCGAGAGGAAAGUUAGACGUUAAGCGGGCAAAACCGUUAUUACUGUUUAUAUGCAUAUAUGACGAAGCGGCUUUUUGUAGAAGCCAGAAAUCAUUUCUAGACACUUGCAUUGAUGGUAAUGCAUGCAAGGAAAACGCAACGGAUGAACGAUGGGUACUUCGAAAAGCAUCAGACCCAUCCCUACCAGAAUUCAAAGUAUAACUCAAAGAGCUACAGCUCGAGCGGUGAUAGGUACGAACGUAUUAGAGACUCACCCAAUGGAACUUACCGAUCGGAUAGUCCGGACUCACAAUCUCCGCGUGACCGGGACAGAAUCUACCAAUCUAAAGGCUCCUAUAUACAGAAAAUACGUGAAAAGGAGAGAGAAAACAGAGACUACAAGCCUACGAGAGAUAAAUAUUCAGAUUGUGCCAGAUCGCCGAAGGAGAAACGUAGGGAUUUGGAGUAUAGAACGAAUCACGACAGGAGCGAGUCGGGCGUAAAGACGCAAAAUUCCACGUUGCGCGACCGUAAGCCGAUACACAAUAAUUGUGUCGAUAAGAGGGAAGAACGCGAGAGGAUAACUCGAGUCGGCGAUUGGUCGGAGCAUAUCAGCUCGUCCGGUAAGAAGUAUUAUUAUAAUUGUAAAACGGAGGUGUCGCAGUGGGAGAAGCCGCGUGAAUGGAUCGAACGGGAACGCGAGAGGGACCGUUUUAGGAAUAGGGAGCGAGAUCGGGACGCUGAUCGUAAUUAUAGUAGCUCCAGUCGUUCGAGUGCAAGUAAGUACGGGUACACAAGCAAACAGAUUUGUUAAAACACAAUUUUGAUU